CCAAGUAAAGGCCUCAUCUUCCCUUCAAAUUCAUCCAAGCUUCUUCUUCUUCCAAGUCCCACCAUUUCUCCAAUUGGGUCAUUUCAUAAAUAUGCUUCAACUUCGAUAAGACCUCUAAGCAUCAACCAAUUUUGGGUCAAUUUUGGUUACUGCAUACCCUUCCUCCAUUUCCUCCUAGUUUCCCUCCAACAAAUAUCAACCGAUUAUUAUUUUCAGAAAUAUCAUUGUUACUUUCCUUAAAGGAAUUUGCCAUUAUUAUUAUAAUAAUAAAAUAUUUUAUUAUAAUGUUAAAAAAAUUGAGGAGGAGAGUGAAGACCCUGGUUACGAAGAGUUUCAAAAAACCUCGCAAAAAGCUUCAUAAACCCCCUGAUCAGCCUCAACCUGAGUACCCAUCAUCACCAUCUCCUACUCUUGAAUCUCCCAACAUGUCACCACUCCGAAGGCCAGGAAAGAACACUCCUUUCCUCUUCCCCAAAGUUCAGUCCACCGCUCUCCCCGACCCUUCCGCCUUCUUCUCCCCCAACCUCCUCUCGUCCCCACUUCCCACCAACUCUUUUUUUCAAAACUUUGUCCUCAAAAAUGGUGAUCAGCCCGAGUACUUCCAUCCCUACCUCAUCAAAUCCUCUUCUUCCUCUCUUUCUCUUUCUUACCCAUCUCGCUUCUCCAACUCAGCUUUCUUGUACCAAGUUUAUGUGGCUGAUCUCACCAUCUCCGCCACCGGAAACACCAACCCAGGUUCGCAGAAAAGCCAUGUUAUCUCUUCUUUCAAUGAUCUUAGUGUCACUUUGGACAUUCCCUCUUCCAAUCUAAGGUUUUUUCUCGUCCGGGGCAGCCCGUUUCUGACUUGCUCUGUCUCUAAUGGCACUGCGAUUUCAAUCUCGACCAUCCAUGCGAUUCUAUCGUUUUCGUCAAAUAGCUCGGGGACAAAGUACACUGUCAAGCUUAACAAUAACCAGACUUGGCUUAUAUACACAUCAUCAUCAAUCAGUUUGACUCACAGCCUUUCUUCGAUAACUUCUGGUGAAUUUUCUGGUAUUUUAAGGAUUGCCCUUUUGCCCGAUUCUGAUCCCGAAUACGAGGCGGUGUUGGACCGGUUCAGUUCUUGCUACCCUGUAUCAGGAGAGGCUGCAUUGACAAAGCCGUUCCAUUUGGAAUACAAAUGGGAGAAGAAAGGGUGGGGAGACUUGCUUAUGCUAGCUCACCCUCUUCAUCUUCAGCUUCUUUCUAGUGAUGAUUGUAAUGCUACUGUUUUGGAAAACUUCAAAUACAGAAGUAUUGAUGGUGACCUUGUUGGUGUUGUUGGUGAUUCAUGGCUGCUGAAGCCUGAUCCUGUUUCAGUUACUUGGCAUUCAAUUCGAGGUGUCAAAGAAGAAUCUUAUGCUGAAAUUGUUUCUGUUCUGCAAAAAGAUGUGGAGGCGCUUAGUGCUACAGCAAUAACCACAACUUCUUCAUAUUUCUAUGGCAAGUUGGUGGCAAGAGCGGCGAGGUUGGCAUUGAUUGCUGAAGAGGUGUGUUUUCUUGAGGUGAUUCCGGCGAUCAAGAAGUUCUUAAAAGAUGCAAUUGAGCCAUGGUUGGAUGGGAGUUUGAAUGGGAAUGGAUUUCAGUUUGAUGGAAAAUGGGGUGGGAUUGUGACUAAACAAGGAGCAGUGGAUUCUGGUGCAGAUUUUGGUUUUGGAGUAUAUAAUGAUCACCAUUAUCAUCUAGGCUAUUUUCUUUAUGGGAUUGCAGUGCUUGUGAAAAUCGAUCCAGCUUGGGGGAGGAAGUACAAGCCUCAAGCUUAUUCCCUUAUGGCAGAUUUUAUGACCCUGGGCAAAAGACCAAGCUCAGUUUAUCCACGUUUGAGAUGCUUUGACCUGUAUAAAUUGCACUCAUGGGCUGGAGGACUCACUGAAUUUGCAGAUGGGAGGAAUCAAGAAAGCACGAGUGAGGCAGUGAAUGCUUACUAUUCAGCAGCUUUGAUGGGGUUGGCUUAUGGAGACACUCAUCUUGUAGCCACUGGAUCAAUGCUUACAGCAUUGGAGAUUGGGGCAGCUCAAAUGUGGUGGCAAGUAAAGGAGGGAGAUAAACUUUAUGAGGAAGAUUUCACAAGAGAGAAUAGGGUGGUGGGUGUUCUCUGGUCUAACAAAAGGGACAGUGGCCUUUGGUUUGCACCCCCUGCCUGGAAAGAGUGUAGGCUUGGAAUUCAAGUGCUACCCUUGUUGCCUAUUACUGAGGCCUUGUUCUCUAAUGUUGGUUUCGCCAGGGAGCUUGUCACUUGGACAUUACCAGCUCUUCAAAGAGAAGGCGUUGGAGAAGGAUGGAAAGGCUUUGUCUAUGCCUUGGAAGGGCUUUAUGAUAAAGAAAGUGCUUUGCAGAAGAUUAGGUCCUUGAAUGGUUAUGAUGAUGGGAACUCACUCACUAAUCUUCUAUGGUGGAUUCACAGCAGAGAUGGGGAAGAUGAGGAGUAUGGAGGAGGAGGGAAAUAUUGUUUAUAUGGCCACUACUGUCACUGAAUAUGGCUGCUGCCUGCACCACAGUUGGGAUGAAGUGGGAAAAAAAAAAGUAAUAAGAACACUUGCAGUCAAUAUUCAGAGUACCUGAAUUUACUUUUUCUAUUUAUACAAGUUUGGCGAUUAAUCACUUUAUACCCUUUUUCGGUUGACUAUGUCCAUGUGGAUUAUGCUGAUGAUGCAUAGACCUGUGUUGUAUAUAAAAAAAAAUACUCUUAUGGGGAGAAGCAAUAAAUACUUGGUUAGUUACAACUCUUUAUCUUGGCUUGAAUAUGAUGAGAAGAAGAAGAAGCACUGAUUUCUGUCAUGGUAUCUGUAAUUGUUCUCAUCUCCUUCAUAUACUGAUAGAUAUUAAAUUGCUCAAGAAUUAUCAGUUACUUGCUAACUGUAUACCUGCACUAUUCAAAGCUUUGCCAAUAAACUUCACUUUCUGAUAA